AUGAGUACUGAGCGAACAGAACGUGAUCUUAUUACUGGACGUUUUUGGUUUCGAGAAUCAUAUGGAUAUGACCAAGAAUUGCCUAAACCUGAAUAUGCCAUUCUAUUUUUAAAGACUAUCUUACAUAUUGCUGGAGCUGAUGGAACAAUUAGUGAGCCUGAACGCAAUUGGGUAGUUGGAUUUGCUGCUGUUUGUGGUUUUCCACAAAAUAUUAUUGAUGAACUCAAAGUCUAUCAACCAGGCGAAUCUGAUAUUGUUGAGAAAUUUUUUCAGGAUAUGGAUAUGGAAUAUGUGAAACAAGCACGUUGUAGCAUUUUAUACUAUGGAAUACGAGCAGCAUCCGCUGAUGGUGAACUACAUGCAAAAGAACUUGAAGCUAUUUAUAAGCUGGCAAAGAAAGUAAAUGUUUCUGAUGAACAAGUACAACAAAUACGUUCAUUCGUUGAUGAAGAAAACCAAAUUAUUGAAAAACGAGCAAAAACUAUUUUCCCAGAUGGUCUUGAUGUUCUUUUGAAAGUUUAUGAUGAAAAAUUUGUACAAAACAAAUGA